AUGGCCUCUUCAGCACCGAUUCCAUCUGCUCUUCCGGAGACAACCGUCCACAUCACGACCCACGACUCUUCUGGCAAAGCCACGCUCUAUUCUUCAUCUCAAAACGAAUGGAAUUGGGUUUCCGACAGGUCCGUUGGCCUCAAGACGGUGUACACUACUUCGUCUUUCCCGGUCUCGCUGAAUGACGAUGCCGAUAUCGAGGCGCACAAGGCGACCGUGACUAGUGGUAAGCUCGGACUGGUUCAAAAGGGCGGUACGGUCUGUCGCCUUGUCGAUUUUGGUCCAGGAAACACUCCGUUGAUGCACCGCACGCAAAGUUUGGACUACGGAGUGGUGUUGGAAGGCACCAUCGAGAUGGAGUUGGACGAUGGCAGUGUGACUCUUUUGAAGCGCGGAGACGUGGCCGUGCAGCGGGGUACGAAUCACGCUUGGAGAAAUCCCAGCAAGACGGAGUGGACGAGGAUGCUUUUUGUCCUGCAGGACUGCCAGCCGGUACUUGUCGGCGGCGAGAGGCUUUACGAAGAACUAGGUGAGGGAGCCAAAGACUUUCCAAGCAGCGGCAACGAUCGUUGA